AUGUUUGUAGAUAGAUUUUGGAGGGUGAUUUUACCCGUCAUAGUAUAUUGCGACCAGAGAUUGCCACGGCUCCGGAGCCGGCUCUUGGCUCCGGCUCUGAGCGGCUCUGGCUCCGAGCCGGGAGCCAGAGCCGGAGCCGGAAAUUUUGGGGUCGGCUCCGGCUCCCGAGUCCAAAGUCGGAGCCAGGCUUCCCAGCGGUCAGAAAAAUAAAAAUUUUGUGAUCUUGUUCAACUAAACUGCUUGAAAAACACUGCGGAGGAUGUGGCUUGACUGCAAAAACGUUGGCUAUAUGAUCUCUGGCACUAAUAACUUUUAUUUUUGGAAAAAUAUUUUUAAAAAAACAUUUUGCAUAGGAGCCGGGUUUCGGAGCCGGAGGCCUUUUUAAAUUUUGCGCGGAGCCAAGAGCCGGAGCCGGAGCUGCAAAUUUGGCCUCGGCUCCGGCUCUGGGAGCUAAGAGCCGGAGCCGGAGCCAAAAUUUUGACCGUGGCAAUCUCUGAUUGCGACCUCUAAAUUUGUUUGUUAUAGACAGAUAUUGCUUUAUCAGACCGUCAAAAAAACAGUGGCGGGGCGAAAGAUUUUACUGCAAAGAGCAGCCACUAUUUUCCCGACAGACUUAUUAUUUAUGUAUGUAGACCGCGAAGGUUUAUCUUGACCCUUCAUAGCGUCUUACGACCUCUGAACUUGCUCAUUAUAGGCCAGCUUUUGCUUUAUCUUGCAUCCUGUAAAGGGUAAUCCUCCGCUAUCUCCAAAGAUCCCCUUUGUUGACCAUGCACUUACCACACCUCCUGCUCACCACACCUCUUUUUUUCACCUGUGCCGUCCAAAAACUGUUCGUGUUUACGCCGUUGUCGUGCCACACGUUCCUCACCAAGUUCUUGGUAUGAGUUCUGUAGGACCGGUAGUUCUCUCGCAUGGAGAAAUGCCAUCCCUUGCGAAUGUCACGUUUUUGUUCCAGGCCCAAGGGAAGUUGCGGAUAAUCCGGUCUUAACACUUGGCAUUUGCCCGUCAAGGCCGAUGGCUGACAGGGAAUAUGAAAUUGCCGAAAUGGGCCUUCAACUGGCGCCAGAGCGCUCGCCGGAACACAGCGCCGCUUCUGAAUUCGGGAAUUUAAUGGAUCCGAAUGGCUUUUCCGUGCUGAUCGAAAAAGUCGUGGCCAACAUGGCGAACGGAGGAUGCAAAUCGAGGUAA